CGCGCGAGGGGUCAUGCUGACCGUCUCCGUCAUAGAGAUGUUCCUGCCGCAGCUGCGCCGUCCCGAGCGCUGGCUCGAGGGCGCCCUGGCAGCUGGCGCCGGGGCUGGCGCCUUCGCGGCCCUGAGGAUGCUCCUGCCCGAGCCCGAGUACGCGAAGCUGAAGGACGACGAGGACGACCUCGAGAUGGUCCACAGCACAAGCGCGGCGGACUCUGGCAGCGGGGUGAAGCGCAGGCAGAACGCUGAGAGGGGCAGCUUGGCCAGCUUGGAGGCCGGCGAGGCGCUCGGCGUCACCGGCGCGGCGGCAGACGACGCGGAGAAGAAGCACGCCAAGCACUGGCGGCUGGCGGUCCUGCUGACGGUCGCGCUGACAGCGCACAACUUCCCCGAGGCGCCCGCGUGCGGCUCCCGGCACGCGGCGUCCCGCGCGCACGCGCGCGCCCUGGGCACUCCAGCUGCAGCCCUUCGGCG